CCCCCGGGCCAUUGCUUGCUUACCUUUUCUCUAAGGCAAUGAACCAGUACUAUUCUUUUGUUUCCCAUAGUGUGAUGGGUAAGCAAAAAGAUUGACCCAUGCCAAUAUACCUGUAUCUGGUUCUCAAAACCGAAAGUAAACUGAAAUGCUUGGCAUGUAAGAAGCUCUGCUUGCCUGGUAUAUCCUAGUAGCCCAUUUCUGACAAAACCCAUUUGCUUUAAUGAAAAGCACCACUCCAAGUAGGAAAUCCAAAUUACCAGAUGGAACAGGGAGAAUGUGUGUGGACAGAUGAAUGAUGCUUCUUCAAUUGACAAUUCUCUUUUGCCCUCAGACUGCCCAAAAAGGCCACAAAGACAGCCGCACCAGCCUUGCCAACAGGCUAUGAUUCUGAGGAGGAGGAGGAAAGCAGGCCCAUGAGUUAUGAUGAGAAGCGGCAGUUGAGCCUAGACAUCAACAAAUUGCCUGGAGAGAAACUGGGUCGAGUUGUACACAUAAUCCAAGCCAGGGAGCCCUCUCUACGUGACUCAAACCCAGAGGAGAUUGAGAUUGAUUUUGAAACACUCAAGCCAUCCACACUUAGAGAGCUUGAGCGUUACGUCCUUUCCUGCCUCCGAAAGAAACCUCGGAAGCCCUACACCAUUAAGAAACCUGUGGGAAAGACAAAGGAGGAACUGGCUUUAGAGAAGAAGCGGGAACUAGAAAAGCGGUUACAAGAUGUUAGUGGGCAGCUCAAUUCUACCAAAAAGCCCCCAAAGAAAGCAAGUGAGAAAACAGAGUCCUCGUCAGCACAGCAAGUGGCAGUGUCUCGCCUCAGUGCUUCCAGCUCCAGCUCAGAUUCCAGCUCCUCCUCUUCAUCCUCCUCCUCUUCAGACACCAGUGAUUCAGACUCAGGCUAAGGGACCGGGCCAGAUGGGGCAGGAGGCUCCGCAGGACCGGACCCCUAAAUCACCCUGCCCCACCACCCAUCCCCUCCCCUGCUGUGACACUUCCGUCAUCUAACCCCCCUCCCCCCACUGUAGGAGAGCUGGCUCUGCAGCGGGGAGGGAUGCAGGGACAUUCACUGAAGGAGAGGCAUAAAUGGACAGAAGGUUGUUCCUAGUCCCACUGAAGAGUGAUCUCUUGGGUGUAGAGCCGCCAUUCAAAAUGAUGGGUGGGGCAGGGGUAGCGGGAGUGGGGAAAGGCCUUAAUGAUAAAGGGUUGCCUGAGGCCAUAGCUGCCCUGUUCACUUGUUGUAAAGGCCUUGUUUGAGGUUGGUUGUUCUAAUUUAUUUUAAGCUAGAUACGGCUGAGUAGUGUGGGGCUAUGGUCCCCUCAGCCUUUAUGGGGAGGGAAGAAGGGGGAGCUCUUUUUUUACGUUGACUUUUUUUUCUACUCUGUUUUCCCUUUUCCUUCUCCAUUUGGGGUCUCGGGGGGUUUCAGUCAUCUCCCCAUUUGGUCCCCUGGAUUGUCAUUGUUGAUUCUGACUUGUAAAUAAAGAAGAUACUAUUCAA